AUGCACAACGCGGGAACGUUUCUCUCUCGUGUCUAUCGCAAAUUCAGUUCUGUGUGGGAUAAUACAUGUCCCCCUUCGAUCAGCCAAUAGGAGACUAUCAACACUCCGACACAUGCACAUAUUUUUCAAAGGAUAAAAAAAAGUUGCAACAAUAAUUACGUCAAGGUAUUUGUGUUGUUGGUUCGAUAGCCAUAAUAAUUCCUAUCAAGUUUUGUGCUCUCAACUCCGCACUGAAGAUUGAUUUCAUAUCCUAAAAUUCAACAUGUUGCACAGUGACGUUUCUAAACCGAAAUCGGAGAAGACACAUCAGCGGAGAAAGCCACAAAAUCAGUUGAACCGCGGGAUGGAGAUGUUUGCGUCGCCAAAGCGUCCGAAACAAGACGAAUUGGAAGUCACUGGUGUAUCACGAAGUGGCCGAGUUCGAAAAAAAUCCUCAAAACUGACGGAUUUCGAGUCCCCUGACGACCUGGCCGAUAGUAAAUUGAAACGUCAGCAGAAAGCGCAACAGCAGCUCCACGCACAGCAGAUGCUGGAGCGAUUCGAGGCCCAGCAGAGUCAGCGCCAACAAUCUCCAGCACAGCCCACCACUCCUGCUGCCAAUCGUCCGAGGAAGAAUUCUGGAACACACGUGUCCCCCCAACAUCCUAUCAAGGAAGAAAUGCCUUUUGAUCCUCCAGGUGAAGAGCCAUCCUCAGACUCGGAGGAUGCUGACGAUCUAAAUGAAGAUGACAAGUUCUCGAUGGAGUCGGGGAGUGAAGAGGACAUGGAUCCUCUGAUGAUUGAUGAGAAGGAGACUGGUGGGUUUAAGAGGCUAGAGCCUCCUGAGCAAGAGGCAUCAUCGCAGGCUAAUAGUCUUUACAUGUUGGAGAAGAGUAAGAAGAAACUGAUUAUCAAGAAUGGGAAGAUUAUUGGACGGAUGAAGGCACAGAGGAAAGACAAAGGGAAAACAAGAUUCACAGCCUACAUGCUGUGGGCUAAAGAAGUGAGACAAGAGUUACUCGAGCAGAAUUCCACAAUGGAUUUCGCAACAAUCUCAAAACGUCUCGGUGAAUUAUGGGCAACAGUUCCAAAUCUUGAGAAAUACAAUUGGCGAAAAAGAGCAAAACGUUUGGCAUCAAAACCGAAUGCCCAGGCAGCUCUGAAAGAGCUCGCUACCUGGAAAUUCUCACCACCCAGUAGCACUCGUAAGAAAUUCAUCAACAAAGCUGUUAAUGGAAAGCCACAGAAGUCUCCAAGCCCUAAAAAGACUCCCCAACUGUCGUCACCCCCACGCUCGGUCAAGAGUCCCGACUUCUCACCCUCCUCUCGACAUGGCAAAGACGCUCACGACUUGUCCAUCGGUCCAGGAACAUUCAAAGUAGCUGGUACUCAACCCCUGGACGUUGCUGCCCACCUCAAACUGCUGGGUGAAAGUCUAACGAUAAUUGGAGAACGACUGAAGGAACACGAUGGUCAAAUUGCUGUGUCUGGUAGCUUAUCUGUACUCCUAGACUCCUUCCUCUGUGCCCUGGGUCCCCUCAUGUGCCUUACCCAACAAAUCCCAGAAGCUAAUGGAGCUGAGGCUGACACGUUAUCCGAAGUGCUAGAUAACAUUGCGUACAUAAUGCCCGGUCUCUAAUCCAUUUCUAGACCCUCUAAACCUCUUCUCUUUCGUUUGAUGUUUUAUUGUAUUUUUGAAAAAGAAAAAAUGUUUUUGUGGAGAAAAUAUAUAAGAGCAUUUGACCAUGUUGUUAGAAAAUACGAUAAUUAAAAUAAAUAGUAAAUGGUAAAUUAUAUAUUUAAU